AAAGGCUCAGUCCUCAGUUUGAGUCAGAGCUAGGGACCAUGCUAUCCCAGGCUCAAGGAUAAAAACCAUCGGGCCCAAGUGCCAUCCAUAUUCCAUCUCCAGUCUUUCCUCCACAAAUCAGGAUUCAUCCUUCCUGAAAAGCACGGUCUAAGAGCAAGGGAGGGAACAAAAAAAUCAUGCUAUCACAUAAUACCAUGGUGAAGCAGAGGAAACAGCAAGCAUCAGCCAUCAUGAAGGAAAUCCAUGGAAAUGAUGUAGAUGGCAUGGACCUGGGCAAAAAAGUCAGCAUACCCAGAGACAUCAUGUUGGAAGAAUUAUCCCAUCUCAGUAACCGUGGUGCCAGACUAUUUAAGAUGCGACAAAGAAGAUCUGACAAAUAUACAUUUGAAAAUUUCCAUUAUGAAUCUAAAGCACAAAUAAAUCACAAUAUUGCCAUGCAGAAUGAGAAAUUGGAUGGAAGCAACUUGGAAAGUGGUUCACAGCAAGCCCCAUUUACUCCUCCUAAUACCCCGGAUCCACGAAGUCCCCCAAAUCCAGAAAACAUUGCACCAGGAUAUUCUGGACCACUGAAGGAAAUUCCUCCUGAAAGAUUCAACACCACAGCUGUCCCUAAGUACUACCAGUCACCCUGGGAACAGGCCAUUAGCAAUGAUCCGGAGCUUUUAGAGGCUUUAUACCCUAAACUUUUCAAGCCUGAAGGAAAGGCAGAACUGCCUGAUUACAGGAGCUUUAACAGAGUUGCCACCCCAUUUGGAGGUUUUGAAAAAGCAUCAAAAAUGGUUAAAUUUAAGGUUCCAGAUUUUGACCUACUACUUCUAACAGAUCCCAGAUUCAUGGCCUUUGCCAAUCCUCUUUCUGGAAGACGGUCCUUUAAUAGGACUCCUAAGGGAUGGAUAUCUGAGAAUAUUCCUAUAGUGGUAACAACUGAACCUACAGAGGAUACCACCAUACCGGAAUCAGAAGACCUAUGAAAAGAAAGUUGUAUGUGACACAAAAACCUGUAAACGUGAAUGUUGCUGUUUUAUUAUUCUACUUACUUGCAAAGCCACUUACACUCUUCAUUAGUAGCAAUAAUUUAAUAGCAAUUUAGCAAUUUUCCUUUUAUGACAUUUAAUUUCAAUCUCAGAUCAAAAUCUAAUAAAUAAUUAAAAAUCUUAUUUUAAAA